AUGGAAGUAUUAAAGAUGUUUUCAAAAAAUGGCACAUAAGAUAUCUUACAAUAGAGAAUCAUUGAUCCAUAUUUAACUAAAUUUCAAUAGGGAUUUAGAAAGAAUUCAAUUAUUAAUCAUGAUCUCUACUAAAAGUAUUUAAUUUAAAUUACUAUAGAUAUGUGGUUGUUAUAUGA